CGAAAUGAAGUAAUUAGUUUGAAUUUUCACUCUCCCCACAUGUGUACCAGGUGUACUGUGUAGUGUGAUCGCGAUUCAAAUUCUUGACGCUGUUCUUUUUUCGACAGGCAACCAAAAUUUGCCGCAGUCUGACCAGGCCCUAAUAAAAGCUGAUCAGAUUACAAGGCCGAGGAUUCUGGAAGAAUAGAUAACAAAAAAUACCGGUGACGGUGUGUUUUCAAAAGGCCGUAACCUUCUUGAAGUUGAAUUCAACCUGAUAUGACGGAUGUAAUGGGCGUCUAGCUAAUUACAGUCAGAUCGCAGAGGGACAGCGGAUCUCUUCUGUAGAAAGCAUCAUCUGUGAAUAUCUACUUGGCCUUGGUAUCACUUCUGCACGUCACCAUUGCUGAGAAUUGUCUGAAGAAAUCUUGUUGGAGACAUAGUCAAUUUGAUUCAUAGUAUUUAUUUGAGUGGAUACCAACUCAAAAGAGUAACAUGUCCAGGAUAACCAACAUUAAAUGGACUCGUCGCCGGCAGAUUUGGUUGAUUUCAUUAGUUCUAAUUGUCUACUUGUUGAUUGGAGCCGCAGUCUUCCAGGAACUGGAAUCGAGCAAUGAAGUAUCUCAAAGAGAAGAGUAUCAACGUGUCCUGGCUGAGUUUAUCAACUCAACGAGAAUUCCACCGGAGCAGCUUGCUAACUUUACUAGUUCAUUGCGUAGACUUUCCACGGUUGCUAAUUCGGACGUGGAGAACUGGUCCUUCGCACCCUCGUUCUUUUUCGCUCUUACUGUGGUCACAACCAUUGGCUAUGGCCAAAUUUCUCCGGUAACCGCUGGUGGUCAGGCGUUCUGCUGUGUGUUUGCAUUGAUUGGUAUUCCGCUGACUGGUUAUCUGCUUGUCAAACUCGCUGAGAGUCUCAAGGACAAGUUCAAUUCGAUACGCGAUUGCCUACUCCGCCGCUUGCCUGAGAACCCGGUCUACUCACGGACUACAGCACCCCUAUUUGUAGCCUGCUUUGGAGUUGUCAUUUUCAUGCUGAUCCCGGCAGUGAUAUUCGAUGUGGUUGAAGAUUGGACGUAUGGUCAGAGUCUGUACUGCGCAUUCAUCACGCUGUCGACGAUAGGCUUUGGCGAUUUUGUGCCCGGACAGGAGUCCGACACUAACCGAAAUCUGUACAAGAUUUUGCUGAUGAUCUGGAUCUUUGUUGGCCUGGCUUUCCUUACCUUGCUCCUGGAGAUUGUGAAUGAACUGAUGACAAAGACAGCUGAAAUGACAAGAGAGCAGAUCAGCAAGAGGACGAGCGAGUUCCCCGGUGCAGACAGAGCUGUAGACUUGGAGAAAACCGACCUCUCCAAGAUAGACUCCAACAUGACAAAUGCUGAGACCGUGGACACAGUAUAGUUUCAACGUACGCAAAGAUCCCACCACCGCCAUUGCCGUCGUCGUCAUCAUCAUCAUUGCCAUCAUGUCACCGGUGAUCGGAUCAGGAGAUGAGGUCACUGCUCACCGUGUCCUUGCCAGCACUGAACUAUAGACUAUAAUUACGUAGACCCACCUGUUUACUUCCACUCUCUGGUUGCCUGAGCAUUGGGUGUGAUGUAACUCAAGCCAAGGUGCAGAAAGCUGGUCGGUUAGUGUUCAUCAUGUGAGUGGUGCACUGCUCAGCCACCAUAAGUUAUUACAACUGAUUGCACAUCACAUCGAUGAUAGUGACGGCGAUAACUACACCCAGCCCAUGUCGUUUCUAGCUGCAUUUCCCGAGUUGCUGGCGACAGAGGACUGUGGACCUGACUUUCUAGGAGGGCCUAUGCCAUUGGGAUUGAUAUCAGCAGAGAUCAAUGCUUCGUCGGUAGCCGGCUACACGCGUUUAGUGCACGUUAUGUUAGGAGUUCUACGCCCUCCCUGUUUGAGAAAUCAUUGCUUUAGAACUACCGGUAUCUAUUUACUGGUGGGUGUUAGUCUUCCUGCAGUUUUAAGUUACCUUCAAUCUACACUUUUUGUAGCAUUAUUAUUAUUUAUUUUUUAUCAUCGCUUUACUUUUUAAAAUUAGGUAUGAAUAUAAUCAAGAGUACAUAACCCGGCCCAGGGGUCUCUUGGUAUAAUAAAUAGGUAGGCUCGUUGACAGAAUUUUAUUCGUUUCAUAUUCAAAUAGAACUGCAACAACAGAACCGAACCAA